AUGGGAACCACGCUGUUACCUGACGUCGAUCGUCGUACGGAUACUUGGUUCGAGAACCUUGAUGACGACGCCCUGACCAAGGAACACCAAGCACAAUACCCUUCAUAUUACAUUCUUUUGCCGCCUUUCCCAUAUUCCGGACAGGGUGAAACGGACGAGGAACACGUUUCCCUGAUCAGAGCUGCCGCACUCUAUUUUAUCUCCCGUCAGCAUCUCGCAUUCAGACGACCCUUGCGUGUCGAAACUGCAAGCAACCCCGAUAGCCCUUCGAUCAAUAUUUACGGAUUGCGACCGUGCCAGAUCAUAUUAUCAACUCCCGAACGAGUCGGUCGUCUCCCGGUAUUUACGAAGCUCGUAUUCCAUGGUCUCAUGUCCUCAACCACGAGGACAAUGGUGACGGAUUGCCAUGGAUGUCAAGGUAACCAGUCACCUCCCAAGCAUACUCCAUCGACCGUCCAGUCACCAGAAUGGAAGACCUCCCCACACGCUGGGGCAAGUUCCGAGCUCGUGAGCAGCCAGCAACGACCACCAGCCGUCGCAGCCCCAGGGGCUCCUAAAGUCUCUGCCAAACAUCCACUCACGGGCCCCUUUGAGAACGGCUACCACUUCCCUCCCGCUCACUCGUGGAAGGAAUCUUUUCGUCUCGGUGCCAUCGCUUUCUGGAAAUAUACUUGGACUCCUAUUGGCUUCUUUAUAGUCCUGUAUGGACUGCUAGUUGUAGCCUGGGGAGGCAAACUCUUCCUGCUACUCGUCAACGCAGCACCGGCUAUGUGUUAUCCCAGCUGUGAUGACAUUAAUUCACCUCGCCGCAAAUGGAUCGAAAUAGAUUCGCAGAUCAUGAAUGCAUUAUUUUGCGUCACAGGAUUCGGGUUGGCCCCUUGGAGGUUCAGGGAUCUUUACUUCCUCCUUCGGUACCGCGUCAACUCUGAUGCCGACUCUCUGCGUCGCCUGGCCGGCAUCCAUCGCAGCUGGUUUCGGCUUCGAGAUUCCGACCUGCUUCCAGUCGACGUUGGACCAAACAACGUAAAUGACUUGAGCCCCGAUCUCCUCAGCAUUCCCUUACCACAGAGUAAGAUUCCGGAUCCGCCACUAACCGGCAUCCGCGCGCCGCCCACCUCAAUUUGGAAGAUGGACUUCGUCAUAUGGUUCAAUGUCAGCAACACAUUCCUCCAAUGUGUCUUGUCUGGGUUCAUGUGGGGGAUGAACCGUUUCGACAGACCGGCAUGGGCGGUGGGGUUGUUUGUCGCCCUAGCAUGCGGGGCGGCUGCUACCGGCGGUCUGAUGAUCUUCCACGAAGGAAAACGAGUGAAGAAGGUUGAAGGUGUGACAGUCAGUGAGAGAGACCUAGAACAACUUACUCGAGACAAGGAGUUGGGCAUCGUCCACUACAAUAAUAUCCGGGACAAGAAACCGAAGAGGCCGUAA